GCAGGACUGCUCCAUCCUUGCAGUGACACCAUGGAUCUGUGUUACAACCACACAAGCUCUCAAAAAAGGAUGGACUUUCACCUGCAGCUGCUGGUCGGGUUCUUCCUCGUCAUCCUCAUCGUGAUCACUCUCUGUGGUAACAUCAUUGUCUGCCUGGCCAUCACCCUUGACCGCCGGCUCCGGAGCUUGACAAACUGCUUCAUUGUCUCCUUGGCCAUCACAGAUCUACUGCUGGGCCUUCUGGUGCUGCCAUUCUCCGCUUUCUAUGAACUCGCCAGGGAGUGGCCCUUUGGCAGCAUUUUGUGCAACAUCUACACCAGCCUGGACGUCAUGCUGUGCACAGCCUCCAUCCUCAACCUCUUCAUGAUCAGCCUGGAUCGCUACUUUGCUGUCACCACCCCGCUCCGCUACUGCCAGGUGGUCACUCCCUCUCGGGUGGCCGUGGGUUUGGUUGUUAUUUGGACCGUUUCACUGAUGGUCUCCUUCCUACCCAUCCACCUGGGCUGGAACACCAACGGGACAGCAGUGCAAAACACAGAGCCCACCUGCAACACGGAGUGCACGCUGGCGGUGAAUCCUGUGUACGGGUUAGUGGAUGCCUUGCUCACCUUCUACAUCCCUUUGGUCAUCAUGUGCAUCACCUACUACCGGAUACUCAAGAUAGCAAGGGAGCAAGCCAAGAGGAUAAACCACACGUGGGGCAACACACCCAUGCCACCCAUGGUGAAAGAGCACAAAGCCACCGUGACCCUGGCAGUGGUGCUGGGAGCGUUCAUCGUGUGCUGGUUCCCCUAUUUCACUGUGUUCACCUACCGGGGGGUGUGGGGGGACAGCAGGGUCAAAGGCACACCCAUGUCCAUUGUUCUCUGGCUGGGCUAUGCCAACUCAGCCCUGAACCCCAUCCUCUAUGGGACAUUCAACAGGGAUUUCCGACUGGCAUACCAGCACUUGCUGCACUGCUGGAGGACGGGACAUUCCAGGAACUCCCACCUGCCUCCCCUCCAGAAGGCCCAACCCAGGGGCAGGCAGGAGGGUAAACCCUUGAAACUGGAGGUGAGGAACGAGAAGGGGACCCUGCUUGCUGAUGGAGCUCUCAAGAGCACUGGAGCUUUUCUGUGA